AUGGAAAUCAUUACGGAGAGGUUCUACUCGAACCUUUUCCGUUCAUCAACUCCUGUGUCAAGCCCAAUCAUCCCCACCGGCGAAGCUCCACCGCUGAUUCUCCCUUCGGAAGUACGAGUCGCUAUCAAGAGCAUGAAACCUGGCACAGCCCCCGGACCUGAUUUUAUAUCAGCAGAUUUUCUUCGGGCUGGCGGCCAUCCGCUUCAUGUAAUCUUAGCAGCGCACAUGACAUCCUGUCUUCAGAAAGAAAGGAUCCCAGACCAGUGGAAGACCUCGCGAACCGUCCUUAUCCAUAAGAAAGGUGACCUUCGGAACUACCGUCCGAUAUGCUUGCUGAGCGUGUUAUACAAAGUAUUCACCAAGAUCAUCUUCACACGCAUAUCUAGGACGCUGAAUGAAGCCCAGCCUCAAGAACAAGCUGGAUUCCGCCAAGGGUUCAGCUGCUUGGACCACAUCCAGACCGUUUCGAGGGUCAUAGAGGUUUGCCGGGAAUACCGCCUGCCCCUUGUUCCAACCUUCGUCGACAAUGAGAAAGCCUUUGACAGCGUAGAAACGAAUGGAAUACUGUCAGCGCUGGUCGAUCAAGGUGUGGACGCGUCGUAUGUGAGGACAUUAGCCAAUUGCUACGAACGAUGCACAACUAGGAUACAGCUUUUCCACCGCCCUCUCACCAUACCCAUUAGAAAGGGGGUACGACAAGGCGAUACUAUAUCGCCGAAGCUGUUCACGGCUGCAUUGCAAUGGAUAAUGAAAUCACUAUCCUGGGAAGAAAGGGGCAUACGUGUUGAUGGAAGAUUUCUUUCGAACCUUCGUUUCGCUGACGACAUCGUUCUCUUUUCGAGCAGUACCAAUGAAGCAGAAACGAUGCUCAACGAAUUGAACGAAGCAGGGAAGAGAAUAGGACUGCGAAUAAACAGAAAGAAGACACAGUUCAUGAAGAACGCGCACUGCGAGGACGGAGGAGUACAACUUGAAGGCUCCCAAAUCGUGGAAACUCCGUCAUACGUAUACCUCGGACGUUCUAUGAACAUGGAAAACGACUUGAAGGAAGAACUGAAUAGAAGAAUGAGAGCAGCAUGGGCAGCAUUCGCAGCCGUCAGGGAAGCUACGGACCAACUGACGGACCAUGAUCUUCGUGCCCAUCUGUUCGACUUGACAGUCCUUUCAUCGCUCUGUUACGCAGCGGAGACGUGGGCAGACACCGCGGCCACGUCUAGGAAGCUACUUGCUACCCACAGAGCCCUUGAGAGAUGUCUCCUGAAGUUUAACCGGCGCACACAACACCUUGCCGGUCUUCGUAGCUCCGACUUAAGAGGAAUGUCCCGUCUUCGCGACCCAGCGGAAUAUGUAUCGAAAGCAAAACAUAGAUGGGCCGGUCACAUCAUGCGAAGAAUCGACGAUAGAUGGACUAAAAGAACGCUAGAGUGGAUCCCAAGGGACGCUAAACGCCCCCGAGGGAGACUGCCAACGAGAUGGGGUGACGUGUUCGCUACGGAUGGACCGCUGGGCUCAGCUGGAUGGCUAGGACCUCGUAACUCUCGAAGCUUGAGAACAUCUUGGAUGACAAUGGCGAGGGAACGAAACGAGUGGAAGAGAUGCUGGGGCCCGCACGUCCAGUGA